AUGUAUCGCCCAUUGGUAGGCUCCAGACAUGACCAAGGCAUAGAAACAUCACCAGGCAAGAGGCGAGAUCAUAGAUCUGUCGAGAGUUGCCGAGACAAAUUUGAGCGAAUAUUUGGCUUCCGUUUGUCGGAUUUGACUACUGUUGAUCGGUUCGUGCAGCUAAUGAACAGACCGACGGACCCGGCCUGUUUGGGUGUGAUGCGAUUUGUGUUUGGUUUGUUGAUGCUACUCGACACGGUGCAGGAAAGAGGCAUGUCACGUAUCAGAGUUUGGGAUGACCCAGGCAGAUGUGACUUCCCGCUGUUCGACUUUCAGCCUUUCCCAGUACAAUGGAUGGCAAUGGUGUACAUCUGUAUGGCAUUAGGAGCUUUUGGCGUCAUGCUGGGAUUGCUUUUCCGCCUGAGUAGCUUGAUGUUCGUCAUACCCUACUGGUACCUCUUCCUGCUGGACAAGUCUCGAUGGAAUAACCACUCCUAUCUCUUUGGCCUGACCGGAACCCUCCUGACGGUCUCGGAUGCCAACAGAUACUGGUCAGUGGACGGCUUGAUCUGGCCACGUAAACGUCACACCCACGUGCCGCUGUGGAACUACUCCGUGUUAAGAAUACAGUUUUUCUUGGUGUAUUUCUUGGCUGGUUUGAAGAAGCUGGACAUGGACUGGGUGGGUGGAUACUCGCUGAGGCGUCUUGGAGACAGUUGGGUCUUCUUCCCCUUCCAGCUGAUUUUGACAACGGAGCAAAUCGACCUGUACCUGGUCCAUGUUGUGGGCUUGAUAUUUGACCUGUCUAUCGGCUACCUACUCUUCUUUGAUCUAACUCGCCCUGUAGCAAUGCUCUUCUGUGGCAGUUUUCACUUAAUGAAUUCGCAAAUGUUUUCAAUUGGUAUGUUUCCGUGGACAAUGAUUGCCACGAUGCCACUCUUCUGUUACGCCAACUGGCCUCGUGGCCUAAUUCGUAAGUUUCCCCGGCGACUGGAUUACCUGCUCCCAUUAGAGAGGCCACUCCAGCCCAGUCCGCACUGUGUUUACCUUAAGGGGCAGGUCAAGUCAGAGGAGGGGGCAGGCCUUGAAGGGUGCAGUAUAAAGAGCAGCGAUCUCCACUCCAAACCCACCGCAUAUCACAAGUUCCACGUGCUGAUGGUAAUGACGUACUUGGCCUGGCAAUGCUUCAUGCCUUACUCUCAUUUCAUAACCAAGGGCUACAACUCGUGGACAGAAGGUCUGUAUGGGUAUUCCUGGGACAUGAUGAUCCACACAUGGACAGUGCAGCAUCUGAAAAUAACUUACGUGGACAAGGACACAGGAGAAGUGGGAUACCUCAAGCCGGGUGUCGGGACCUCCCGGGACAGAUGGAGCUCCCAGCCCGAUAUGAUGAAGCAAUACGCCCGCUGUCUGGCUGGUAAACUGGAGAGAGACUUCAAUGUAACAAACCCAGCUAUUUACUUCGAUGUUUGGCGAUCCAUGAACAAGCGCUUUCAGCAGAGGAUGGUUGACCCGCGGGUGGAUAUCCUCACUGCUCCAUGGGAUCCCUUCACGGAUACCCCCUGGAUACUGCCCGUUUUAUCAGACUUAUCUGAGUGGAGGAUGGAGCUUAAGAGGAUCAGAGACGAGAUUAGUGAAGUCUGGGAUCAACAUAAGGUCGUCUUUGUGGCCGACUUCCCAGGUAUAUUCUGGCUCGAAAAGGGCUAA